AUGAGUUUAAAGCCAUCAAUACGUUCAAUAAAGCCCAAAUUCUUUUUGGAAUUACGAAAAAGUUUUUCCAUUAGCACUAUUAGAACUUCACCAUAUGAUGAUACUAUUAAAAACAUGAAACUUACAAAAAACACUAGAGUUGUUUGUCAAGGUUUUACUGGAAAACAAGGAACGUUUCAUUCACAACAAGCAAUUGAUUAUGGAACUAAUUUAGUUGGCGGAGUAGCACCAAAAAAAGGUGGUCAAAAACAUUUGGGAAGACCUGUAUUUAAUACCAUAGCCGAGGCAGUUAGUGAAGUUAAACCAGAUGCUUCUGUGAUUUAUGUACCCCCACCUUCAGCUGCAAAUGCUAUUAUAGAUGCCAUCAAGGCAGAAGUUCCUUUGGUGGUAGCAAUUACGGAAGGAAUUCCACAGCAAGAUAUGGUUCGAGUUGUUAAAGCUUUAAAAAACCAAAAUAAAACACGUCUUAUUGGUCCUAAUUGUCCUGGAAUCAUAGUGCCAGAUGCUUGUAAAAUUGGUAUUAUGCCCGGACAUAUCCACAAAAAAGGAGUUGUCGGAAUUGUUUCAAGAUCCGGUACGUUAACAUAUGAAGCAGUUAAUCAAACCACUCAGGCGAAUCUUGGACAAACUUUAUGUAUUGGAAUUGGUGGUGAUCCAUUUAAUGGAACAAAUUUUGUAGAUUGUUUAAAAUUGUUUUUAGAAGACGAAGAAACAAAAGGUAUUAUAUUGAUUGGAGAAAUUGGCGGUACUGCUGAAGAAGAAGCAGCAGAAUUUUUAAAACAACAUAAUUUGUCUCAAUCUCAACCAAAACCUGUAGUUUCUUUCAUUGCUGGUUUAACUGCACCGCCAGGACGUCGUAUGGGUCAUGCAGGAGCUAUAAUUGCUGGUGGUAAAGGCUCUGCAACUGAUAAAAUUAAAGCAUUGGAAAGUGCUGGUGUUAUUAUUUCAAAAAGUCCUGCUAAACUUGGAGUUCAUUUAAGAGAAGUUAGUGGUUAA